CUAUCUAUCCUUAAGAUAGCAGCCGCCACCGCCAUUGACACCUUCUUCUUCGUCGACUGCAGCGGACAACAAUCUCCACCAACGACCACCCAUCACUGUCAUCAGCCCUUUUUCCCUUCUUCCGGUCGGCGAGACAGCACAGACGCGACGAACCAGUGGCGCGAAGAAGCUACGGGGUAUACAGUUCCGACUCCUUCCGGCGAACUGAGGACGGCUAGAACGUCUGGGAGCCUCUGCCUCUCCUCUCUUUUUUUUCCGACGCGGCAGCAACGGCGGUAUUCCUCGGCGAGCUCCGGCGAAGCAGUAGGCGGCGACGAGGGCAGAGCAGAGUAGUUUCCGGUAGUAGUAGCGUGGUCCGGCUAGUGGUGUAGCUGGUUUCGACGGUGUUGGUAGCGAGAGUUGGUCGUCGAAGGAAGGUUCUCUAUAGAAGUGGCUAGUUUAAGAGUUGAGCCUAAGGUAGGGUGUUUGGCUUUUGGAGCUUAGCUGUGAGUGCGAGUGUGCAACGAAGACUGCGAGCAGCUGACGAAGGCAAUACUCUGGUUUCCAGGGAACAACGACUUGGCAACUGUCUCUACUAGAUUGACUACAAGAAGGGGAAAAAGAAUAAGAAGCCAUGAAAGGAGGAAGAAAGAAUUUGAAGAGAGCUGGGAAAGAAAAAACUGCAAUCCUUCAACAAGGCCAAAGCAUUAUGCAAGUAGUUGACCUCCGUGGCUCGAAUAUAAUCGAGGUAUUGGAUGCAAAUGGUGAAAAGUCAUUAGCAAUUUUCCCAGCUAAGUUUCAAAAGAGCAUGUGGAUUAAAAGAGGGAACUUUGUUGUGGUCGAUGAGAGUGGGAGAGAGGAGGCUAUAGAGUCAGGUAGAAAAGUGGGUUGCAUUGUUACACAAGUGCUUUUCUAUGAUCAAGUUCGUGAGUAUCAAAAGUCUCCAGAAUGGCCUGAAAUCUUCAAAUCUGCAGUAGUAGAAACUUCAAAGGAAAAUUUGGAGAGACAUACUUCUCAGACACAAGAUAUUGAAGACUCGAGCGAUGAUGAUGGACUUCCUCCGUUAGAAGCCAAUACCAACAGACUAAAGCCUUUCCAAUCAGAAUCAGAGACAGAAUCGGAAUCCGAGGCUGAUUCCUGAUUUGCACUAAUCAAAUUCACUUCCGAUCUGGGAAACAAUAUAGGUUGUGUUUGGUUGAUUGGUUUUGUCCAUAGGAAUGGGUAUGAAAGUGAUUGUUAUUGUUUGGUUGAUAGGUUUUAGAACACUACUAUGGGUUUCGAAUAUCCCAUCAAUUGAAAAAUUCAUACCCAAAUAAAAUAUGGAUUUUAUUCCAUUAUUCA